AUGCGGUUCUGUAUUGUAAUUGCAGUGUGCUACUUUAAUGAAAUUUUUACUCAAGAAUGCAAAAAGGAUGAGCAUGCCAUUUUGGGCAUGAUGCUUAGAAGACACACCUUCAAAACUAUGAAAUCAUCGAUUGCGGCUGAAUGUAAUCAGGCGUGUAACGAUGAUUUCCGAUGUCACAGCUUCAACUACGUCAUUUCUAAGGAACUAUGUGAACUAAAUAACCGGACUAAGGAGGCCAGACCAGAGAACUUUGUGCCAAAUUCUGCGAGAUAUUAUGUUAAGAGUAAUAAGGAAAGAGUUCGUCUUGGUUCCAUUCCGGAAUUUCCAGCGGAUACAUGUGAGGAGAUACAACGAAGCGAAGAGGGAGAAGCGACCAGCGGCGAGUACUGGCUUUACUCCAUCACAACGGGAAAAACUGUUCUUGUUUCUUGCAAUAUGGAAAGAAAGGCUGGAUUUGGAGCCGGUGGAAGAAGAGGACGCUUCGGCAGUAUACAGACGUUCACUGUUCCGCGGACCACCCGCUAUCUCAUCAAAGCCUGGGGAGCUCGGGGAGGAACACAUUCAUACGAUUAUGGAGACUAUCCAGGAACAUAUUAUGGUGGAAAGGGAGCGUUUAAAGAAGGGAAGUUCAGACUGAAUAAAGGAACAGUGUUAAAUAUUGUGGUGGGACAAAGAGGAGGAGAUUCAGUGGAGAUUAAAGGCGGACAAAGCACUAACAAAACAGCAGCUCAACUAGGAGUGUCCGUGGAAGACAAUGCUGGCACUGGAGGAGGGGGAGGAAGUUUUGUUUAUACUACAGCUGAUGUUCUGUUGCUGGCUGCCGGAGGAGGAGGGGGUGCGUCUGGUGGAUAUAAUGGUGUGGAUGGUCAGGCGGAAUCAAAUGGCACCAGUAGUGUAGGGAAGGUUUCGUCACAAGUUCGAAAUGGAGGCAUAGGUGGGCAGCCAGGUGAAUGCAACAGUGAGGGCGGUUACCACCAUGGAGGAGUGGGAGCGGGUUGGUUUGGUCAAGGUUGUACCCGGCUAGGCUCCUCCCAUGGGGAAAGAGGUGGAUCACGUGCGCAAGCGUGGAUCGGAGGUCAAGCCGGAGAUAUGAAUAGCGGUAAUAACGGGGGCCCUGCACCAGGAGCAGUUGGUGGGUUUGGAGGUGGGGGAGGUGGAGCAGAGGAUAAUGGUGCAUCAGGUGGAGGUGGUGGCUACUCUGGGGGGGGUAGUGGUACCCGUUGGCAACAAGCCGGAGGUGGAGGAGGCUCGUACUGUAAUGGCGAAGAUUGUUCCGGUUUGGCUGGUGGGAAUUCGAAUGAUGAUGGCCUUGUGCAAAUUAUGGAAUUGUUCGGCUGA